AUGGACCUCCGCCAGCACUACCUCGACUACAUCUCCGCCAUCAACGACGGAUGCAGACCCGGCGCUCUAGAUCCCUUUGUCCAUGAGGGCGUGGUCCAUAACGACUCCCAGCCACUGUCCGUCGCCGAUUACGCAAACAACAUCACCGAGGCUCAGGCUUCAUUCUCGGAGUUGAGGUUCAACGUCGAGAUGAUUGUCGCGGAGCCCGAGCUCGACGGGGACAAGGAAGGGGACGGCAACCUGGCGGUGCGGAUCAAGCUGGCGUUCAGACAGCGUCCGGGUCAGGAGGAGACGUUCUGUGAGCAUGUCUUCUAUCGUUUUGAGGCUGGCAAGAUCAGACGCGUCUGGAGUAUGUUGGAUGGGGCUGGGUCAAAGUGGGCUGAGGCGAGGGCAAAUGCACGGAAGUAA